GGUCAACGUGGCAUUUCCCAAUCGAUUCAAAUACCAAGCAUUAGUAGAUAGCCCUUCCAAGCUAACAGAAAACUUGGACCAUAGUUGUGCUGGUUUGUUUCAAUUCGGCCGGCGCCACUGGGAACGGCAAUGGGAACGCGGGUUGCUUUUUUACCACCAUCCGAAGCACUGUGUCCAUUCCCUCGAGACUUCGCCUCCUUCGGUCGUGGUCGAUCCAGUCCAGUGACUGCCUCUGGAACCGCAGCCACACGUCUUCGCACAGAGCCUCGAGCAGCGCCGCUUGAAACUCGUCAAAGAAAGUCGUCGGCACUUCGUUCCCCACAAUGUCCUCGUCGCGCCGCAGCCAGCUCUCCAGCCUUGCCACGUACGUGGGGCCCCACUUCACGGACGUCGGACACGCCAACGCACACUGCGGCACGAGACACGUGGUGAGCAACUUCUGGGCUGACACAAGGCGUUGCUUGAAUUGCUCGACAAGUUGCCACGCACGCAGCUCUUCGGUGCGAAAGUCCCGCUGGCAGAACGUCAUAAACGUUGGCAGGCCAUGGUUCGACCGCAAGUACUGCUCGAGUUCCUUCAUGCGGCUUGCUGCCUUGGAUGUUGUCGUGACCACCGACGUCAUGGCUUGGGAAGACGAUGCCAGGUGACGCAAGGGUGCGGCGAUGUUGAAGAAGAACACGUAUUGCAUCGCGAGUGUGUAAAUCAGGUUGCGGACGUGGAACUCUCGUCCGAGGGGUACCGACAGAAUCCAUUCCAGUCCGCCGUGGAGGAGACUCACGAGGACGAAAAAG